AUGUUUGCAUCAGUUGCACUUGUCAUCGCCUUGCUGGCUUUCUGUUCACAUCAUCCUACUUUAGGACAGGACUGUCUUGGUAGACAGGAAACACACGGCUCCCUGAAGCAGGUUCAGAAGCUUCUCUCAGCCCAUGAAACCUCCUACUUGCAGAGUCUGCGCAACCUGAAAAAGAAAAUAAACUUACUACAGAGCAACGUGGGGAAGCCGGCAAUAAAGCCCAUCAACAGUACUUGCACAAAACUGGAUGCACCCAUCAAUGGGAGGAAACUUGGCAAGUCACACAGCGUGGGCCAUGAGGUUCACUUUCUGUGCGAUCCUGGCUAUGAACUGGUGGGAUCAGAGAGCAGGAUUUGUCAGGAAAGCCUGACCUGGAGCGGUCAGCAGCCCACCUGCCGAGACAUCAAUGCGUGUGCAUCCUCUCCGUGCCUGAAUGGCGGGACAUGUACGGACGAGGUGAACCAGUUCUCUUGUUUCUGUGCCAAAGGCUGGGCUGGAGCUACAUGUCAGAGCCCUGUGCCAACGUGUAGUCUUUGUCACCAUGACAAACACCUCCGCUGCCUCCGCAGCCACUGCUGCGGCUGCUGCUGCCCCACUGCCACUACUGGGCCUCUUGUCCGUCCAUCACGCUGCACCGUCACCCAGGGCACCACCCAUUGCACCUGUGAGCCAGGAUACACCAUCUCUGGCAGGGACAGCAACACCUGCACCGAUAUUGAUGAAUGUGAGCUAUUCCAUAAUGGCCAGGCUGGCAGAUUGUGUUUGCAUGCUUGUGUUAACACUCCUGGAGGCUACCGUUGUUCGUGUCCUAUCGGAUAUGAUGUGACCCGUGAUGGACGCAGCUGUAAAGACAUUGAUGAGUGUGCGACAAGACGAAACAAUUGCACAAAUGAGCAGAUGUGCAUUAAUACAUAUGGUGGUUUCCAAUGUGUUCGUGUGGACUGCCCCAAAGUCCCUAAUGCUGCAUAUGUCAAAACGUCGCCUAUGCGUUGUGAACGUAACCCCUGUCCUGUGGACAACAAGGCAUGUUCUCAGACUCCAAAUUCCUUCUCCUACCAUUACCUGGCUGUUGUGUCCAACCUGUCAGCCCCUCGAAUCAUGUUCAGGGUCUCAGCAUUGCGUCAAGUGGGUGACACACUCCGGUUCUCCCUGCUGGGAGGAAGGCAAGCUCGGCGCCACUUCACAGUCCAGCGUUCAGACCGUCUGACAGGCCAGCUGAUGCUGGUGAACCCCGUGCAGGGCCCUGUCACACUGGAGGCAGAGGUAGAGAUGAGUGAGCUGGAGAGGAGAGUCCAGCUGGGGAGGUAUAUCACCAAAAUCACCAUGUUUGUUUCACAGUAUGAGUUCUAG